ACAACAUCUGAGCGCAGGAUGGCUGAGGAAGGAGUUGAGAAGAUUGUUCAUCACACCAAGCGUGUUUUUAUCAACAACUUUGACUCCUAUGCCUCGAAAUGUAUCGCAAAGUUCUUGUCUGCCUGUGUAGUGGGGGCGUCCCUGGUGGAGACUGACGAGCCAGAGGUGGAAGAAGAGGAGGAGAGGAUAUCCAAAGACGAGCAUCCAAAAGUCAAAGAGGGAACCUUUCAAAUUGUCGGAACUAUUGCAAACAAAAACGAAAGAAGACCAAGUUAUGUGUUGGAUGAAUAUUUUCAACUGAAAAGGGAAGAACUCCUGGAGCGCCUGAUGGAGUGUGAUAUCAUAAUUUACAACAUCACUGACCAUGCUGACCAGAUAGAUGAGGCCUCUUGGGCAAUCUCAGCCCUUCAUGCUGAGAUGGCCAGGUUCAGUCAGCCAAAGAUGUUCAUCCUCAUAUCAACUGUGAUGACCUGGGCUCUCAGCAAGCCUGUUGAUCCGGAUGACCCUGAGAUUCCAUUCACUGAGGAAGACUACAGGAGAAGAAGAGCCCAUCCCAACUUCAAAGAGCAUAUCAACGUUGAGAAACUUGUGGUCAAAAUGGGCAAAACGAAAAGUUCAUUGUUCUCCACAUACGUAGUGGCCUCAGGAGUUCAGUAUGGAAUGGGAGAGCAAGUCUUCCACUUCUUCUUCAAGACAUCUUGGUUGGGAGACUUGCCCAAAGUCCCUAUCUUUGGAGAAGGCACCAAUGUCAUUCCUACUAUUCACAUCAAUGACCUUGCAGGUGUGAUCCAGAAUGUAAUUGACCACAAGCCAAAACCACACUACUUAGUCGCUGUGGAUGAUUCCAAGACCACUAUCGAUGACAUUGUAAAGACAAUAGCCUAUGUGGUGGGGCCAGGAAAGACCAAGAGAGUGCCAAAAGAGGACGCUUUUCUCACUCGGGACUUGAGACAAAUGGACAUCGAUGCUCUGUUUGUCAACCUUCGGGUUGAGGCUGUCUACCUGAAAGAGAACUUCAACAUCCACUGGGUGUGUGAGUCUGGUCUCAUAGACAACAUCGACCGUGUUGUUGAGGAAUACAAGAAAACCAGGGGCCUGCUGCCCAUCCGAGUGUGUAUCCUGGGCCCUCCAGCAGUGGGAAAGAGCACAGUAGCAGAGAGGAUCUGUAAACACUACAAACUGCACCACAUCAGACUCAAGGAAACCAUCACUGAGACCCUCGCAGACCUUGAGUCUAUCAUUAGGAUGGAGGAUGGAGAGACUGAGGCCGAGGAUUCUGCCACCUCAUCAGAACUCCUGGAGACUCUGAAGGAGAACAUGGAUCAGAAUGGAGGUCGACUGGAUGACCAGUAUGUGAUCAGGAUCAUGAGAGACAAGCUGAAGUCAAAGCUGUGCAGGAACCAGGGUUUUGUCCUGGACAGCUUUCCCAAGACAUAUGAACAGGCCAAGGAUCUGUUCUAUGCUGAUGAUGAUGAGCCAGAGGAUAUGAGGUCAAAGAUCCCUCCAUUCAACAAGAAGAUCAUUCCAGAGUUUGUGUUCUCCCUGGACACCUCCGAUGCGUUCCUGAAGAACCGUGUCCUGAACCUCCCGGAGAGCCUGGUGGAGGGAACGUCCUAUUCUCAGGAGCAGUUCGUGCGUCGCCUUGCCAGGUUCCGGGAGAGCAGCGUGGAGGACGAGACCGUCCUCAACUACUUUGACGAGCUGGAUAUUCACCCGGAGCACAUUGAGAUCACCAGCAGUGAUGACCAGGAGUACCUGGUGGUGACGGAGAGGAUCAUCAAGUCAGUGGGGAAGCCUAAGAACUACGGCCCCACCAGCCAGGAGCUGGAGGAGGAGGAGAGGAGGAGCGCAGACCGCCGGCUGAGAAAGGAGGCCCAGAAGAGGGCUGACACAGAGAGGAGGGAGACACAGGAGGCCCAGCAGAGAGCAGCCCGCUGGGAGGAGUGGAGUAAGUGUCUGGAGGAGGUGAAGAAACAGGAGCAUGAUCUCCUGGAGGCCCAGUCUGUUCCCUUGAGAAAUUAUCUGAUGAAGAACGUCAUGCCCACUCUCACCCAGGGCCUCAUCGAGUGCUGCAAGACCAGGCCUCAGGACCCUGUUGAUUUCCUGGCAGAAUACCUCUUCAAGAGCAACCCCCAAGUGGAGUGAAACGUGACUUGUCUUCAAGACUUAUAACCUCAUAUCAGUACCAUCUACAAUUCAGAAUAUUUAAAAGUGAUUUAGUAAAAGCCUUUUCUCACAAGAACAGUUUCUAUUUAGAUUAUUAUACAUUUACAUUGUCGCUUUUUUAUAUUAUUUAGCCAAUAAUGUGAUUACAACACAAUUGUAACAGUUGAUGCAAUUAAGCCAUGAUGUUCAACUCAUAACAUUUAAACUUAGAGUGAGUUUACAUCAAAAGUCAUAUUUUGUUAACUGAACUGGGAGGGCUCUCUUGAGUUUGGGUGCAGACAGUAUUUCAGCCAUAACAUUUUAAGUGGCCCCCCAUUUCAUGCUGUGACUUUGAUAAGCUUGAUUAGUAAAUUGUGUCAUUCCCUGCCCUGUUUUAUUAACACACAGCUUUGUGUUGUUUUCUGCAGACCAUUACUUAAAAGCCCUGAGAACAUGAUGAAAGCCUGACUGAAGCCAACAGCUAAUUAACAUGUUAAUUUGCGUAAUGAACUUGGGUGUGCUUGAUAACUAGAAAGUAGAUCCAGUCGGGUCAUAAUGACUUUGAUUUGGCUUGUGAUUUCAAAGGAUAAAUGUUAAAAAUGGCA